AUGCGUGAGGCCAUCUGCAUUCACAUCGGUCAGGGCGGUGUCCAGAUUGGCAAUGCAUGCUGGGAGCUUUUCUGUUUGGAGCAUGGCAUCCAACCGGAUGGCCAGAUGCCCAGUGACAAGACCAUUGGUGGUGGCGAUGAUGCGUUCAACACGUUCUUUUCAGAAACUGGUGCAGGAAAACACGUGCCUCGAUGCGUCAUGGUGGACCUCGAGCCCACAGUCGUUGAUGAGGUGCGCACUGGCACUUACCGUCAGCUCUUUCAUCCAGAACAAUUGAUCUCCGGAAAAGAGGUGGACUAUGGAAAGAAGAGCAAGAUCUCUUUCACCGUGUGGUGCUGCCCACAAGUAGCAACGGCUGUCGUCGAACCGUACAACACUGUGUUGUGCGUGCAUUCGCUGUUGGAGCACACCGACGUGACCAUCAUGUACGACAAUGAAGCACUUUACGACAUUUGUCGCAGGAACUUGGAUAUCGAACGCCCAACCUACACCAAUUUGAACAGGUUGAUCGCCCAAAUCAUCUCCAGUCUCACGGCGUCCCUGCGCUUCGACGGAGCAUUGAACGUGGACAUCACCGAGUUCCAGACGAAUUUGGUGCCUUAUCCGCGCAUCCACUUCAUGUUGACCUCCUAUGCUCCAGUGAUCUCUGCCGAGAAGGCCUAUCAUGAGCAGCUCUCUGUGGCAGAGAUCACCAUGUCUGUCUUCGAGCCAGCUUCCAUGAUGGUGAAGUGCGAUCCGCGUCAUGGCAAAUACAUGGCCUGCUGCAUGAUGUAUCGUGGCGAUGUGGUGCCAAAGGAUGUGAAUGCGGCAGUGGCCACGAUCAAGACCAAGCGCACCAUCCAGUUCGUGGAUUGGUGCCCCACUGGCUUCAAGUGCGGCAUCAACUAUGAGCCACCUACUGUGGUUCCGGGAGGCGAUCUGGCCAAGGUCAUGCGCGCCUGCUGCAUGAUCUCCAAUUCCACGGCCAUUGCGGAGGUCUUCUCGCGUAUUGACCACAAGUUUGACCUCAUGCAGCCAGAACCCUUCCUGCCAGAAACUUCUGCAUCCUUCUUCUUCUUGGUGGCUUGCAUGAAGCAGAACCUGAAGGUGGCACUGGUGUUGGCCUUUUCGGGAAUGGCCAAGGCCAAGGCCAAGGCCAACAAUGCAAAGCCUGGUGAGGAAGAGCCUGAAGGUAUUCGUGAGAACAUGUCCAAGCUGAAGAUCAUUUCACGUCAAAAGGCUCAACAUGCUGAACUUCUGCAGGUGGGUUUUCCUCGGCAAACGCUGACCUCACAAGCAAGGGUGUUGGGCAUCGAUUUUUGUGAUCGUUUGAAUAUGGCUUCUCGUUCUACGGCAAAUAAGCGUGUUCAGGCUGCUGAGCUUCAAGCACGGAGACUCUGCAAAACCAAAGCGGUGCCUCUUCAGGCCAAGAAAAUGUUGUGGCGGACUCGCAUUGUCCCCAAGGCAGCAUGGGGGUGUUUCUUUCACAUGCCAAAGAUGACCUCCCUGCAGGCUGCUUAUCGCAAGUUCAUGUUUGUGCACGCACUGGGCUCACCUGAUUUGAGAUGUAUUUUGGAUGGGCACACUUCUGACCUUCAUUUCGUGGCUGGCUCUCUAGUUGCAAGCGCUUUGCGCAAAAUGGCCAUCUCGGGCCGUGUCCGCUGGUAUGAGCAGCCAAAAUGCGGUACAUGGUUGCACACCGUUCAAAGGUGGCUUUCAGAGUUUGGGUGGCAGGUCGCUGGACCUUGGAAAUGGUGUCAUGCUGCAUGUCGGCUCUCUAUGGACUGGAUGGAACUCCUCGAUAUGCCCAACCAGGAACCUAGUGUCCCAGCCUGGGACCACUUAUGCUGGUACUGCGGUGCUUGCGCACAUGUCCAGUGUGCGAAGCAAGGUUUUGGAGAAGAUGUGAGUUGUGGCCGUGUGCCACUUGGCGCUGCCAUCCCUGAG